AGUAGAGGGAUAGGGAAGCAGAUUAGCUGAGGUUGUCUGUUUAUAAAAUGUGGGGAUUACUUUUGUAUUGGAUAUAUCUGCUUUAUACAUUUCAAAGUGAAGGAAACCAUUGACUUGGAUUAUGUGAAUAACAGUGGACUCUGGUUUUGCAAAAUAUCUUCUUUAUUGUUCUACUGAAAAACUACCAACAUAUAUUGCAAGGCCUGAGGCAAGUCUCAAAUCAUCAGCAGUUGCUUCAGUACAGAAUCCACAUCCAUGAGAUAUUUGAACAAAUCUGUUUUCAGCAAAGAUUUUACACUGGUUACACCAUUACCUCAUUUCUGAUGUGUGUUUCCAAAGAUGACUGAUCUUACUUUAAUGAAAUGAAGAUGGAACAGCAAAUCAUUAUUUUCAUUUGUUUGUUAAAAGGUGUUUGGUGUGGAGAUUUGAACAUCAGUCUGCCAGAGAAGAUUGAAGCUCUGAGAGGAUCCUGCGUGACCAUAAACUGCAGAUUUGAUAUUGAUAAAAUAUAUGACAAAGAUCUCACUGACAGUGCUGUAGGAGUGUGGUAUAAAGAUGGGACUGAUACAAAGAAAGUAUUUGACUCCAACAAGCCUAAAUUCUUAUUUAAAGAGAAAAUAACUGGAAAAUUAAAAGACAAGGACUGUACUACCAUUUUUUAUAACGUUACUUCAAAAGACAAAGGCAGAUAUAAGUUCAGGAUUGAGGGCAAUGGUAAACUGAAAUAUACCUAUAAACAAUCUGUUUCAAUAAAUGUGACUGCCUCUCCCCGCAAACCCAAAGUGAAGAUGUUUAAGGAUCAGAUGGAGGUUAAGGUUCAGGAGGAGGUGUUAGAGGGGAGCUCUAUGUGUCUGCGCUGCUCUGCUAAGACUCUCUGCUCCUCUUCUCCACCAACUCUCACAUGGAGCUCCACUGACAGACUCCACCUCAAUGAGAGCAGCAGACUACAGCUGGAUAAGAAGAAACAAACUGAGAUCAUCUCUGAUCUGAACUUCACUGCUACUCACCUUCAACAUGGAGUCACUUUCAUCUGCACUAUAACCUACCAGCUACAGCAGAGGAUCACAACAGCACAGAGAAACAUCACAUUACGUGUUCAGUGUAAGAAUAAAACACUUUGA